CAGAGGGCAGCCUACUGGUUGAACCCCUCCUCUGAGAACUGGGACUUCAGCUAUGAUCAGAGCAGACAUUUUUUAGGAGUUUACAAGGAGAUCAGGAUGAGGUAGCAAUAGGUUGGUGAACAGUUUGAGGACCAGAAUUUGUUCCUUUAGUUUUGAGGUGUAAAAUACGUCAGUGUCCCAUCCUUGACAUCUGGCCCAGUGGCUUAGUUAACCAGUGUUGCAUCUGCUGGGAAGAGCUUGGGCUCCCUAGAGUCAGCUCUUGCACUGUUGCUCCCUUAGGAGCAACUGUCAACAGAUCCAAGACUGAAGGGGCCCCAAGAUUCAAGGACUGCUCCAGUCUACUCUGGGGUUUCCAGCUGUUUUUCUUGGCCAGAGGAUCACACCCAUCGGGAUGCAGAUAGGGAGCAGGGAGCAGGAAGCAGGAAGCAGAACAGUGAAGUCAGAUGAAGUGGAGAGGAGGUAGAUCAGAUGUUGAGGAGGACAUGAAAGUAGCCACCAGCAGCCCAAACACUGGACAGAGAACACCCAGAGGGGCAUCUUCUCAAGUGCAGGCUGUGCUGGGCAUGGGCUGGGCUGAAGCCUAGGCACACAGCGGCUAACAUCUGGACCCGGGAUCAUGUCUGCCAACAAGGGCUGGUGGGUGCCACCUGAGGGUGAGGACAACCUGUCUGAGAAGUUUCUAAGGAAGACCAGGGAGUCUCCACUGGUGCCUAUAGGCCUAGGAGGCUGCCUGGUGGUAGCAGCGUACAGGAUUUACCGGCUGAAGGCUCGAGGUUCCACCAAGCUGUCCAUACAUCUGAUUCACACCCGAGUGGCAGCACAGGCAUGUGCUGUGGGUGCGAUCAUGCUCGGGUUCCCCAUUGGUCACUGUUGCUGGGCAAUGGGACAGUACGAAGACAGCCUGCUUCAUGAAUUUUCCAGAGGUGCCAUGUACACAAUGUACAGAGAUUAUAUGAAGAGGGUGUCAGAGGAUCCUGACAAGUAGAGGACUCCUGAGGUGGCAGGAUGGCCCAAUUCCCCAGUGGUCUCUGUAUGUGCCUAAUAAAGCCAUGUUGAAGAAAGUGAA